CUAUUUUCCCUUUUGCAAGAGAAACUGAAGCCGGAGUACUUGGAGCAGCUGCCCGGGAAGCUGAAGCUGUUCUCCCAGUUCCUGGGGGUCCAGAAGUGGUUUGCUGGGGAGAAGCUCACCUAUGUCGACUUCCUCGUGUACGACAUCCUGGAUCAGCACCGCACGUUCGCGCCCAAGUGCCUGGAUCAACUAAAGAAUCUGAAGGAUUUUCUUGACCGAUUUGAGGCCCUGGAGAAGCUCACUGCCUACAUGAGUUCUAGCCGCUACAUGAAGACUCCCAUUUUCUGGAGAACUGCCCAAUGGAGCAACAAAAAGGAGUAGGCUCAAGUGGAGCUCAGCAAAUGUCAAACAACUCUCUUGGCAUUGACCCACUACAGCAUCUGAGAAGGAGACGGAGACCCCUGGAAUCCCUCUUGCUUGCAAAGUCCCAUUAAACAGCAAAUCAGUAAUAGCUGAAAUCCGCAAGCCCUGUUGUAAUCCUUCCCACUAAGCUAGCUGCGAUUCCCACUUACUGGCUAAUGAAAACAUUUUGGUGACUGUAUAGUCGUCUCAGCUUAUUGACUUUCCUGGUUUCUAUUUGUUUUUUAAAAAUAGAUCUCUAGGGAGUUCUGAUUAGUA